AUGACCUUACAAGAAGAUACCAGUCUCCAAUCUAUGAUGGCGUCGGAACGGGAAUUGAACGAUCAACUAGAGCGAGUCAGCCUGGUAGAGACUAAUAGUUCGAAUAGCAAAGUUCAUGCUGAACCAGGGUCGGCAGAGAAGACAAGCAAGAAGCCUAAAGCGAAUGGGAGACCAAGUGCAGAGGAAAUUGAGAAGAUACGUGCGCAGCGGAAGGCCAAAAAGGAGGCUGCUGGAAAACAGGGCGGUGAGGAUGUUGGAUUCAUAAAAAGACCGCUUCUGGUAUGCAAUGGUGAUGAGGCCAAAGGGUUUGUGUUCCGCAUGAUGACAUAUAACUGCCUCGCACAAGCCCUAAUCAGGCGCAAGUUAUUUCCGACCAGCGGUAAUGCAUUGAAGUGGUUCAAACGUAGUAAGGUGCUGCUUUCAGAGCUGCAAUACUACAACCCAGACGUUAUUUGCCUACAAGAAAUCGAUCACACUCAGUACAAAUCAUUCUGGAUGGAUGCACUGCAACACGCUGGCUAUUGCAGCAAGUUCCACAGAUCUUUUGGGAAGAAUCAUGGUAUUGCCAUUGUAUGGCGACGCUCUCUCUUCAAUAAGGUGGAUGAGACACUGAUUGAUUUUGACGAGGAGCAAUCCGGUGAGAUUGAACGCAGGACCACCACCAAAAAUGUUGGGCUUAUCGUGGCACUAGAGUACACUGAUGAAAUUAAAAGGCGCUAUCCAGGCUCUGCCCAGUCUGGGAUAGUGGUUGGUACAUCUCACCUUUUCUGGCAUCCCUUUGGGACCUAUGAACGUGCGCGCCAGUGCUAUAUAAUCCUAAGCCGGAUGAAGGUCUUCCUGAAACGCCUGCGGUUAUUAGAACGGGGGAGCUGUGGAGCUGCAUCCCAAUGGCAUCCAUUUUUCUGCGGGGACUUCAACUCGCAGCCAUUCGAUGCACCUUACCUUUCAAUGUGCAGUAAACCAAUUAUUUACGAGGGAAGGGCUAGAACGGUAAUAGAAUGUAGCACUUCCUACAAGUUUUCCAGCCUGCGUGAUGGAUGUGCUGCAGAUGAAGAAGAAGGUGGGAAUAUAGAAAAGUUUGGUGCUGGACAACCAGAGACUCCAGUACCGGACUCAUUUGACGGAACGCCCGAGCAGAGAGCAUUAGUGGAUGCAAUGCAAUCUCUGCAUAAUGCCUUGGAUAUGAGGGCCAUAUCUUUGUACUCGCUAGCUUACAGAUACGUGCAUCCCGAAAAUGCAGGCAUUGACAAUAACAGGGGAGAACCCGAGAUUUCAAACUGGGCACACGCGUGGAGAGGACUAUUGGACUACAUAAUGUAUGUCAUGCCGUGGGACUUCUCAGAUAAUACAGAAGUCGAUGAUAUUGGCGAAUUCCAGAAGAAUACAAGUGUUAUAGUUCGGAGCUUACUAAGAGUACCACCUGCAAGCGAAAUGCCUUCCCAUGGUCAACCCCAUGAGGGCGAAUACCCUAGCGAUCAUCUAUCAUUGAUGUGUGAGCUGGAAUUACUAAUGUAA